AUGUCUCGUGAUGGGAAGCGCGGUCGGUGUCGUAAGACCCGCGUGCAAUGACUUCUUCAAAUAACGAAGCGCGUGUGUCGUGAAAACGGUGUCGGGUGUCGAGCAUGAAGCCGGAGUCGGUUGCAUUAGAAUCCGAGUAAGGGGGCUUCGACAGAGACCACGAAUCAGUGUGUGUGAGUGAGUGAGAGAUGCCGAGUGACGAGCUGAAGGUGUUUUCCGGACUCGUGGCGACCCCACGAGUCGACCGGAGUUUGGACUUGGGCAAGAAAGUCUUUGGGGUAGAUGCAACGGGAAAGAUCGUAUUCUUUGAGGAUGUGUCGUUCCUGUCGGAGCUUCGAGCCCUCGAGACUCCCUACGAAUACGAGCCUGCGUGUCAUUCCAAAGCGGAACGAAACGAGCUCUGGAUUCCCGGACUGAUUGACACGCAUACCCACGCUCCUCAGUAUCCGAACUUGGGCCUGGGGCUCGACCUUCCCUUGCUUCCCUGGUUGGAGAAGUAUACAUUUCCGCUGGAAGCUAAAUUUGCUGACUCUGCCUUUGCUGCAGAAGUUUAUCCUGUUGUUGUGGGUCAGUUGCUUCGAAGUGGAACCACGACAGCGGCGUAUCAUGCGACUAUCCAUCAGGAAGCGACUCGAACAUUAUUUUCCACGUGUCAGCGAAUGGGUCAACGAGCCGUUGUCGGCAAGGUCAGCAUGACCCGAAACGGAGCCCUGGGCUAUCAAGAAACCCCGGAGGAAAGUUUCCGUUGUGCCGAAGAAUUUGUCAAUUGGGCCAUGGAUCAAGCUAAAUCAAACGAUUUGGUGCUACCAUCGGUGACUCCGAGGUUUGCCGUCACCUCGUAUGCCGACUGUCUAUUGAAACUCGGUGAAAUUGCGAACCGCUACAAAUGCCACGUGCAGACUCACAUCAGCGAGAACAAGAAAGAAGUGGAAGUCGUGAAGGAAGCGUUCAAGUCCAAGAACUACACGGAAGUUGGGUUGUGUGACGUUAAAAGGCUGCUGCAAGCUGGCGUGAAAGUUGGAUUGGGAACAGACAUGUCCGGUGGGUUCAGCCAUUCCAUGUUCGAUGCUAUGAGACAAGCUGUUGAGGCUUCGAAAAUACUCUGCGUUCUUCAAAGUGAUCCCCAUCCUUUGUCAACGGAAGAUGCAUUUUUUCUCGCCACCAUGGGAUCAGCUCAAGUUUUGAAAAUGGAAGACAAAAUUGGGAGCCUUGCCGUGGGACGACAGUUUGAUGCCUGCUUGAUGACUAGCUUUUCAAAAAUAUCUGAGCAUUUGGAAGCGGAUCUUGAUAUGUUCAACCAUAUCUUCUACACCGCUGAUGAUCGAAACGUGAAGAAAGUUUUCGUUGACGGGAAGUUAGUCGUCGGGCAUUGACGUGAAGAUGUUUCCGUUUUUCCGUUCAGUAUUAAGACAGGGGGGAAGUGAAUUCAGCAUUGGUUCUGAAAGUAUAUUUGAUGACUCAAUUCAGCGGAUUUCUUUUUUGCUUUAGUAACGUUCCCGGAAGUAUGGUAUUACUGAAUUGUUGGCAUUUUUUUCGCUUGCGCCUGGUGCUGAUUUUGGAAAACCAACUGCUUUAUGUUCAACCA